GUUUUCCACACGCAAAAAAUAUACAUCUCUGGUAUUUGUUUUGUUAAUUACCUUGUUCAAACUCAGUUCUCACGGGAAACAUUGUUCAAACUCUGCUUGCAAAAAAGCCUUCUACCACGGCUUCUACUUCUUCUACUCCUCCAGACAUGGCUUCUACUUCUUCUACUCCUCCAGAUCAGUACAAGAAAUGGGAUGCUUUCAUUAGUUUUAGAGGCAAAGAUAUCCGUAAGGAUUUUCUCUCCCAUCUCUUGAAAGCUUUGUUUGGAAAACAAAUCAAAGCCUUCUUGGAUGAAAACCUUGAUAAAGGAAAAGAGAUAUCAAGUUCUCUCUUCGAAACAAUUGAAGAAUCAUACAUCUCAGUGGUGAUAUUCUCUGAAAAUUAUGCAGAGUCUCCAUGGUGCUUAGAUGAGCUCGUGAAGAUACUUCAAUGCAAGAAAACAUUAGGACAAAUAGUCCUACCAGUUUUUUAUCGUGUAGAUCCAACUGAUGUUCAAGAGCUGAGAGGGAAUUUUGGAGAGGCAUUCUCUCAGGCUCAGCAUGGAGAAGAAGUAAAAAAGGUGGAGGAAUGGUGCCAUGCUUUGAAAGAAAUCAGCAACUUAGCAGGAUGGGACUCACAGUCACGGAAUAUCAAGUCUGAGUCCGAACUAGUUGAGGAAAUAGUAAAUGUUGCUUUGGAGAAAUUAAAUGACACCUUUAUAGGUGAUUAUGAGAAUGAUGAUUUAGUUGGAAUUGAAUCACGUGUGAAGAAAAUGGAAGAAUUAUUAUUUUCUGAAUCAAUAAAUGAUAAACGAGUUGUAGGAAUUUGGGGGAUGGGAGGUAUUGGAAAGACAACUCUUGCUGAAGAAGUAUUUCAUCGAAUCAAGGCUAAAUUUGACAGUCACUGCUUUGUUGCCAAUGUUAGAGAAGAAAUAAUGAAGCAAACAUCAAAUGCUUUACGAGAUAAAAUCUUUCUUCAAUUGUUAGGAGAGAAAGAUGGAUAUAUAGAUACACCUCGUUUGGGGGCUUUCAUGAGGAGAAGACUUCAAAGUAAAAAAGUACUCAUUGUCUUUGAUGAUGUAGAUGAUCCAAACGAUUUAAAGUUUUUAGGUGGAAUUUGUGAUUGGUACAAUAUGGGAAGUAGAAUAAUUAUAACCAGCAGGGAUAGGCAAACACUUAUAAAUGUUUGCCUUGAGAAGUGUAUAUAUGAGGUUAAAAAAUUAAUUGAUCAUGAAGCUCUUCGUCUCUUUAGCUUAUAUGCCUUCAAACAAGAUCAUCCCAAAGAAAGAUAUGAGAAGCUAUCGGUGAUGGCAAUAAGAUAUGCUCAAGGCAAUCCGUUGGCUCUUAGAGUUUUUGGCUCUAAUAUGUAUAAAAAGGGUAUAGAAGAAUGGGAAAGUGAGUUGAAAAAACUGAAAGAAAUUCCUGAUUUGAACAUUCAAAAUGUCCUGAGAAUAAGUUAUGAUAAACUAGAUCGUCAUAAAAAAAACAUAUUUCUUCAUAUUGCAUGUUUCUUUAAGGGGGAGCCUAGAGGUAAUGUUGAGAGAAUACUAGAUGCUUGUGGUUUAUCUGCAAGAAGUACAAUAAGUUGUCUAAUUGAUAAAUCUCUCAUAACCAUUUCAUCAAACAAUGUUGUUGGUAUGCAUGACUUGUUGCAACAAAUGGGCUUCGAAAUUGUUUAUGAGGAAUCCAAACAACCUGGAGCACGCAGCAGGUUAUGGAAUUACAAUGAUAUUUGUCGUGUAUUGACAACAGAUACGGGGACUCAAAAUGUUGAAGGCAUAUUACUUAACAUGUAUGAGACGAAGGAUAAUUUGGUGCUAAGUUCCAGAGCCUUCAUGAAGAUGUGCAAUCUUAGAUUCCUCAACUUCUCCAGUGUUUUUAAUUCAGGACGAGGACAAGUGCUGCUUCCUAGUGGUUUUGAAUUUCUACCAGAAGAGCUAAGAUACCUUUACUGGGACAGAUACCCUUUGGAAUCCUUGCCACCAAAUUUUUGCCCAAAAAAUCUUGUAGAACUUCACAUGCCUUGGAGCAACCUCAUACAGCUUUGGAAUCGAGAUAAGGCUCUUGGAAAUUUGAAAAUUUUAAACCUCAAGCAAUGUUUGGAGCUGAUCAGGGUUCCAGAGUUGUCUAGUGUCCCAAAUCUUGAGGAUUUAUGCUUGGAUGGAUGUUCAAGCUUGAUUGAGAUUCCUAGCAGCAUUGGCGAGUUAAAAUGUCUGAAAGAACUUAAUCUGAGGUAUUGCUCAGAACUGCAUGGUAUUCCCCAAAGCAUCUGCAAUCUGAAAUCUCUUACACACCUUAAUAUGUCAAAUUGUUUGAAUGUCACUGAUUUGCCAGAGAACAUAGGGGAUUUAGAAUUUCUAGAGUCCCUUUGUAUAAGCUACAGUGGAAUAAAAGCAUUACCAUCCUCCAUCAAUCAAUUGAAAAAUUUGGCUUCCUUACAGUGUAGUGGCUGCGAAGGUUUGACAUUGCCUCCUUUGACAGGUUUGUCUUGUUUACUGAAUAUGGAAUUAGGUUACUGUGGUAUAUUAGAAAUUCCCCAGAGUCUUGUGUGUUUAGUGUCAUUGAGAUCCUUAGAUUUAAGUGAAAGCAAUUUUGAGAGUAUACCUGCAAGCAUUAAACAACUAUCUCAGUUGAAAAAACUUUGGUUAAAUGAUUGCAAGAGACUUAAAUUAUUACCAGAGCUUCCAUGCUUAGAAAGAUUGCAUGCAUCGGGUUGCACAUCUUUGGAAUCUGCAUCAACUUCAUUCCUUUUCCCAGAACACGAAGUCGAAGAUAGAACUAUAACUUUUCUUGAAUUUCGUAAUUGCAUCAAUUUGGAUAAGGAGAAAGUAAUGGAGGAUGUAUUGGAAACGCAUCUGUUGAAACAAGAGAUUGUAAAAUUAUGUAUACCCGGGGAUGAAGUGCCUCAAAGGAUGAGAUAUAAGAACCAAAGUGGAUCUUCUCUCUCAUUCACGCUAGAUAAGCCAAACUUGAUUGGUGUUUCUUUAUGCCUUGUUUUUUAUCCCAAAAAUCAUUAUGGUUAUCCUGUUAGGUUUACUUGCGAAGCCCAAUUCAUUGAUAAAUCUGGACAUAACAGUAAAAAUUUCAAUUUUGAUUUCCCUUAUUCAUGGGCGGUUGAUGAGUUAGAAUCAAAACAUGUGUGUCUUUGGAAUGAAUUGUUCAACAUGGAAGACAGUUUCGUUGAGGCCUCAUUUCAGUUCUGCCUUUACAAGUUCUCAUCCACACUUCAAUGUGUGGGUCCAUAUACCGAGGGUAUAAUUAAAUGUGGGGUACAUCCUAUAUAUGUUCGAGACAAUGGUGGUUGCAGAAAUAAAAAGAGAAGCAGAAAUCAAGAAGAUGAGGAAGAAGAACCUUCUCCCCUUAGAUUGAAACCAGAACAAAAACCUUACAACAGCACUACCACCACGGCAGAGUCUUAUUAGGUGUUUGAAGGUUAGACAUUAAACAAUAUCUUCUGGAUUUCAUUUAUUAAUAAAAUUUUGCUUAUAAGAUAAAUUGUGCUGAAUUAUAAAUUUUGAAUAAACACCACAGUCAAUCCAUCUAAAAAAUCAAAAGCAUCCACAAUCAAAAUGAAAAAAGUCUUAUAUAAAGAGAAUAAAACUCUUGCUAGGGGAGAGAAUAAAUAAGAACUAAAAGGCAACAUUUCCUGUCUUGGUUCGGUGUUGCAGACAACGAUCUACAAGGACCUAUAAAGGCCAGUUCGACAUUUUUCCUGUCUCCAGUUUCUUGGGCAAUCCAGGACUGUGUGUUUCAAUUGUACAGCAGUUUUGUUGUGAUUAAACACAAACUACAACUGGGUUACUCUACAACAGUUUCAAUUGUACAGCAGUUUUGUUUCGCAUCCUUGGUGAAAAGAACAAGGCUGAAUUCAAGGCAAGGAAGGGUUUCUAACUAACUACAACAGUAACUAAUCUGCUGUUAGAUCUGUUGAGAAAUGCGGGAAUCCAUCUCUUGCUCUGCUUUAGAUCUUUCGAGCACGCACCGUUUUACUUAUGCUUCUCCGCACCGUUUCUUCAUUUUGCAUUGUCAGCUCAGUUCUUAUCUUUUAAUUACUUCCAUUCAUUUUCUAUACGCUGCAUUUCAUAAUAAAUACUUAUCAAUAGUGUAUUCAUUUUUCAUAUGUAUUUAAAAGUAAAUUUUACUAUUUUUUUAUAUUUAUAUUUAUCUUUAUCC